AUGCCCUUCAAGAACCUGACAAUCCAGCUGCUACCCUCCCUUGAACUAAAGAACACGUUCAAGCUUCAUUGGAAGCCACUGUUUGCUUUUUUAGAAGAAGCAGUUGCAUUUCCAGCUGGGGGAAUGAACGUGGAUGCUUCAGAGCUGCAAUCAAUAUAUGAUGGAUGCAUAGAACACCUCAAAAACAGAGUUUCCUAUUGCUUCAAGAAGAUACCCGAACCGGAAACGAAAUGGGCCUUGUCAACAUGGGCCAACCGAGUGACCAGAUCUUCGAUUCAAAAGCAUGGAACCAAUACCGACAAACAAAAGUUGGCACCAGCUGCCCCUAGAAACAAAGCAAGACAGAGUGGAAACAAGCGACAGAGGAAGGAAAGCCAAAAUCCACUCUAUGCUCGCCGACAACAGAAGAGAAGAAUCGCCACUCAGAAUACGAGACAAAGCACAAUAACAAAUCUGUUUGGCAACCACAACACACGAACUGAGGAGCCUACCACUGCUCGGCACAAUACCACUGCAGCGACUACCACUACAGCGACGACUACUACAGCGGCGGCAGGGAAUCCGACAGCAACAACAAAUUCAUUUUUGGAGGCAUUUCCGGCCCCAAAACUUACACCGGCCAUGCAGAUGCGAGAUCGACAAAUCGCGAAGCAAAUUGCCGAAGAGCACCAAGCCGAUUUAGAACAACAACGGAAGGAGCAAAGAAGACAGAGGCAAAAUAUUGGUGACAGAGUUAACGAAGAUGGCACUGUUCUUUUUGCGAAUCGCCGAAGAGGAAGCCAAGCUCCCAACCUUGGUGAUAACUCCAGUGUCUCUCGUGCAACCUAUACAAAUUCUCUACUGACACAAGCGUUCGGAGAAGCUGGCAGGUGCGCCAUUGUCGGUUGCUCGCAUCCACAACUGAAAGCCGACCACCAUUGUCAUGGCGGCAAUGAGGCAUCUCUCCAGUUCAGAUGCCGGCGACCAAUCCACAAUCUAUGCGCCCAAGCCAAAGAUUUGUGUUCUGCUCACAAUGAACUCAAUGUCUACUGUUCCUCUAGGUGUAAGCGCCUCACUGAUGGUGCAAUACUUAGCAAACAGCUUGAUAAAUAG